CUUUAUUCUAACGAGCGUCUUUUAUUGCGCGGAAGUGUGCAAUCUUGCUGUCGAAGCCUGUAUCAUCGAUGACGACUCAGGGCGACUGCCCGUCUCUCUUGGUGGUGGUUUCAGAGUUAGAUCCGUUGCACGCUAGUGAAACAGACAAAGAAGGUCCUGUGCUUUCAUUAUGUUUGAGCAAUCUACUCGUGUUUAUCAACACCUACCUGAUGUUCAAUCAUGAAAACAGACUUGCAUUCAUUGCCACAACACCUUCUGAAUGCUCAUUUCUGUAUCCUCUCAAUGUCAACAAACCUGACAGUUCGGGCUCCACCGAGGACGACUUGAUGCCUGGAAAAUGUGGACAGUAUGAACUGUUUGAAGAUAUCAACAGUACGAUCACAAGAGGACUAAAAGCUGUUGCAAGAAGAAUGAAUUCUGGAGUGACGACGAGGCCAUUGUUGGCUGGUGCCUUAGCGAAGUCGCUAUGCUAUAUUCACAAGCACACGACGGAUAAAGAUAAUCGAUUGCUGCCACGGAUAUUGGUUAUGAAGUCGUCCCCUGAUUCGCCAUCACAAUAUAUGCCGACUAUGAACUGUAUAUUUGCUGCACAGAAAAAUAGUAUACCAAUUGAUGCUUGCCUUAUCGACAGUGACUCGGGUUUUCUACAGCAGGCAUGUGACCUUACGGGUGGCACAUACAUCAGAUUGCCUGAGACCAAAGCACUGCUUCAAUAUCUCCUGUGGGUGUUUCUUCCUGAUCACUCCUCGAGACAAAUGCUUACAUUACCUCCACUGGGUCAUGUCGACUAUAGAGCUGCUUGCUUUUGUCACCGAAAGCUGGUCGAGAUAGGAUAUGUUUGUUCCGUUUGUCUCUCGAUUUUCUGCCAAUUCAAUCCGAUCUGCUCCACAUGCAAUACGAGGUUUCCGGUGCCCGGUCUGGCAGGGAGUAAAGCAAAGAGGAAGAAGACCACACAGUAGCAUUUGGGAAUGUGGCCUCUAGUGAUCAUCAAGUUAUGUGCAAUGUUAUGUGAAUGGAGGUAAUGUGACACUUUGUGAAUAGAUCUAUACAACAGUGUGGAUAUCGUAAGCCACUGUGUUAGUCAUAAUUUGUCGCUAUUUACCU